GCAUUACGUCACAAAGCGGCACGUGAAAAACUGGGCGGCCGCCGCGUGUGAUUCAUCCGCCGGCGUCGGCAGCGUGUCUGUGCGUCUGUAACCGCGGAUUUUGUGGGCGUUUGUGCUACUUGCUGCUCCUCGCCGUACCCGUGAAGUCAGGAGAGGCCCGCAAACGGGGUGGCGGCGGCGGACACGGCUCUCGCUCGACACGAACAUGGCGGGAAUUCGACAGUCCCUACUCUUAUCGGACGAUCAGCGGGAGGAACUUGGCGCACACGUCGAGACGCUCAACCGUGGCUAUGUGGAACUCUCUUCCCUGCGUGAGGCCCUAUCCGCGGUGGGCUUCAAGCUGCCCCAGUGGAAGGUGCGGCAACUCAUCGAGGACAUGGAGCGGCGGAAGGCGAUGGCAGAACCGGGCCGUCUGUCCCUCUCGGAAUUUGAACAGCUGUACUCGGAGCUGCGUGCCCAGGAGGUGUCCGCAGGCUUUAAGGCCAUGCUGUCCAAGAAGGAGAACGUCCAGACGCUUGGGGGCAUGUCCGAGGCCUCCAGCGAGGGCACCACCCACUCGGUGCGUCACGAAGAGCAGGCCGCAUUCUCUGACUGGAUCAACCGCAACCUCCGCACAGACCCCGACCUCAAGCACCUCCUGCCGAUCGAAGCCGGCGGGGAGGCGCUCUACGACCGCGUCCGGGACGGCAUCCUCCUCUGCAAGAUGAUCAACCACUCGUGUCCGGAGACCAUCGACGAGCGGGCCAUCAACAAGAAGGGCCUUACGGUCUACACCAAGCACGAGAAUUUGACGCUAGCCCUCAGCUCGGCGCAAUCCAUCGGCUGUAGCAUCGUCAACAUCGACGCCCACGACCUGGCCCGCGGGAAGCCCCAUUUGGUGCUUGGUCUUCUCUGGCAGAUCAUCAAAAUCGGGCUCUUCAACCAGAUCAGUCUCCAGCACUGCCCAGGCCUUGUCCAGCUGGUGAAGCCAGGAGAGGACAUGAGCCAUCUGCUUCAUUUGUCGCCGGAGGCCAUCCUGUUGCGCUGGUGCAACUACCACCUGGAGCGUGCUGGGACGAAGCGGCGGGUGGCCAACUUCACGUCGGACGUGCGCGACUCGGAGGUCUACACGCUCCUGCUGAAGCAGAUCGCUCCGUUGGGGUCUGGAGUCCACACGGAGGCGCUCCGGGAGUCCGACCUGACGGCCCGGGCCGAGCUGAUGCUUCAGCAGGCGGACAAGAUCAACUGUCGGUCGUUUCUGACGCCACAGGACGUCGUGGAGGGCGUCUACAAGCUCAACGUGGCGUUUGUGGCCAACCUCUUCAACAAUCAUCCUGCGCUGGAUCUGCCGGAGGGUCCACUGGAGAUGCUCGAGGGUCUCGAGGAGACACGGGAGGAGAAGACGUACCGCAACUGGGUCAACUCGAUGGGGGUCGAACCGUACGUCAACUGGCUGUACAGCGACCUGGCGGAUGGACUCAUCAUCUUCCAGCUGUUCGACGUGAUCCGGCCGGGCCUGGUGAACUGGACCCGCGUUCACCGCACGUUCAGCCGACUCAAGGGCUUCAUGGAGAAGCUCGAGAACUGCAACUAUGCAGUGGAGCUGGGGCGCAAGCUGGGCUUCUCGCUUGUGGGCGUGGCGGGACAGGACCUGUCGGAUGGCAACGCCACCCUCACCCUGGCCCUGGUGUGGCAGCUCAUGCGGGCCUACACCCUGUCAGUACUCACGCAGCUCGCCGGCACGGGGCACCCCAUCGUCGAAAAGGAGAUUGUUGACUGGGCAAACUCCAAGCUCAAGUCUGCGCAGAAGACAACGCAGAUCCGCAACUUCCAAGACCCGUGCAUUUGCGACGCAAAGCCCAUUGUGGACCUGGUCGACGCCAUCAACCCUGGCUGCAUCAACUACAGCCAGGUGCUGCCCGGGACGACUCUGGAGGAGCGACUGGCCAAUGCCAAGUACGCCAUCUCGAUGGCCCGCAAACUGGGCGCACGCAUCUACGCACUUCCCGAAGACAUCGCGGAGGGAAAGCCCAAGAUGGUGAUGACAGUGUUUGCCUGCCUCAUGGCCAGAGACUACAUUCCCGGUGCCCAAUAGGCACCCCCACGCGACGCACCAUUCCUCCAGCUCUGCAUUCCAGGCCGCAUUUUUGUUGUUGUUGUUUUUAUUUCUCCUCCUAGUCGCGUCGAGCAUUCCACGUUGUCACUAACACCGCUUCCGGCGCGGGACCCGAUCCCGCGCGCUCGGGGCUGUGCCCCUCAAUCGUCCUGCCUUUUUCUAAUGGCCGCCAUGGGCCUUCUUUGCCUGCCUGGGACGGGGCUUAAGGGGGGGUUGGUAGGGUAAACGAGUAAUUUUGGUUUUUUAUUUUUUAACGAGAAAGCAUAACUGUCUCAUGGAGCGAGCCGACGCCAUCAGCUUCGAAAAUGCGCCAAAUGGCACCUUAAAUCCUUUCUCCAAGUGAAGCCAGCUCCCAGCUAUGCGAAAAGCCUAGACAACGGCACCUAGUUUCCCCGAUCCCAAAGGAGCGGAGUAAAGCUGAUGGAUUUUCGGCUUCAAUACCAUUGGCUGGCGCGUGUCGACGAGGCUUCCAUUGGCUGCGGCGCAUCAGUUUUAAUGACGUCGGCUUGCUCCGUGGGACAGUUAAUGCUUUCGCAUUAAAAAAAAUAGGAUGCUCAUUUAAUUUGGAACAUAUGUUCUAUAUGUUACUGGCUUUGAACUGAAACUGCAAAAUCGAUUUUUUUUGGUUGGUUUACCCUAUUAUCCCCACUAAAAAUAAAAAGCCUUCUUUUUUGUUUGUUCA